UCCUCCAACCCUGGGGAUGGAACUUCCGGUCUUCUCCAGCGCCUUCCGCAGUUCUCUUCCGGGUGAUGGCGGCCGGGUGCCCCGGAUGUAGCCCUGGCAAAAGCUUUUUUUCCCAUUCUUCCUCCGCCUUCCCUGGCUCCUUAGCAUACCAAGCCCUGGGGGCCUCCUGGUUGCCAACUCCUUUUUUGCCCCCUGAUUCUGUGCUCUCUCUUCUCCCAAGCCGGAUCUGGUCCGACCAAGUGAAAGAUCUGUUUUGCAGGGGGCCCUGUCGCAGUGAGUAUCUUCCUCACCCAGUUCCCCUUAAUCUGCAUCCUUGCCCUCAGCUCAGCUUGGGGAAGACCCUCUGACCAAUCAUGCUAAAGAGGAAAGUGACCUUCCAAGGCGUGGGAGACGAGGAGGAUGAGGAUGGAAUCAGUGUCCCCAAGAAGUUGGUGGACUCUGUGGCUGGGGUAGGGGGUCCUGGGAGCCGCUUCAAAGACAAACACUCUUUGGACAGCGAUGAAGAGGAUGACGAUGAUGAUGGGUCCAGCAAAUAUGACAUCUUGGCCUCAGAGGAUGUGGAAGGUCAGGAAGCGGCCACACUCCCCAGUGAGGGAGGUGUGCGGAUCACACCUUUCAACCUGCAGGAAGAGAUGGAGGAAGGCCACUUUGAUGCUGAUGGCAACUAUUUCCUGAACCGGGAUGCUCAGAUCCGAGACAGCUGGCUGGACAACAUUGACUGGGUGAAGAUCAGGGAGCGACCACCUGAUCAGCGCCCACUGUCAGACUCCGAGGAGGAGGACAGUCUGGGCCAGACACCAAUGAGCGUCCAAGCCCUUCUAGAGGGGCUUCUGGAGCUGCUGUUGCCCAGAGAGACAGUGGCUGGGGCACUGAGGCGUCUAGGGGCCCGAGGAGGAGGCAAAGGGGGCAGCAAGGGGCCUGGGCGGCCCAGUUCCCCCCAGCGCCUGGAUCGGCUUUCUGGGUUGGCUGACCAGAUGGUGGCCCGGGGCAACCUCGGAGUAUAUCAGGAGACAAGGGAACGACUGGCCAUGCGCCUGAAAGGAUUGGGGUGCCGGACCCAGGGAGCCCCUGACCCCACACCCCCACCGUCUCUGGACAUGUUUGCUGAGGAGGUGGCGGAGGCAGAGCUGGAGACCCCAACCCCUGCCCAGAAAGAAGAAGCAGAGUCACCCGGAGAUGGUUUGGCGGACGUGAUGUGGGAAUAUAAAUGGGAGAACACGGGGGAUGCUGAGCUGUACGGCCCUUUCAGCAGCACCCAGAUGCAGACCUGGGUGAACGAAGGCUACUUCCCAGAUGGUGUUUAUUGCCGGAAGCUCGACCCCCCCGGCGGACAGUUCUACAACUCCAAACGGAUUGACUUUGACCUCUACACCUGAGCCUACCGAGGACCCAGUUGGGGGCCCUGUUUUUUUUUUUUUUUUUUCCUGGACUCUGUGGAGGAGGCCCUGGCUGCCUCGGGCAAUGAGGACAUCAGGGGGCUGCUUUUCUUUUCAGUCAAGUUCCUUUUCCCAAUAAAAGCUUUUAGUUGUGUCUUAGGGCCUUGGCUGUGCUGACGGCCAGAAGCCGGGGCCCUUUUGCCCUUUUCCACACUGCCUUUGGACUCACCUCGGCCCUUGAGCAUUUCCUGUCCUGAAGUUCCUCCGUGGGAGUUUCUCUCUGGUCCCUUGAACCACCUCGGCCUUGUUUACCACCCCUGGGGCAGAGCCAGGGUGUGGCACGUGUCGUGUGGCCACCCAGCCUGGAUUUUGUUUACCCGCUAAAAAUCUCUUUACUCACGUGCCAUUCUUCAGGGUCCUCUGGGGGUUCGUGCUUUGAUUUUUAAGGGCCUCUGAUUCUCUGCCUUGCAGCCAGUACUGGCUGGAGCCUCGGAAGUGGAGAUUGUAGGCCUGGAAGGGCUGGACGCCUGUUGGGGAUGAGCAGGAAGCUGACACUCACUGGCUCCCAACCGCCUCAAGCUCCUUAGAAGGCAGAUGGAAUUGGGCUCUUUGAUAAAGUCUAGUUAGACUCAGUGUUGACACUUGAGGGCCUUCCAAGGCCACAUAGAGGCACGGAGAGGGCCAAUGUCUCACUGGAAGUUACACAGCGAAUCAGAAGCCUGGCCCAGACGCUAUGGGCACCCCUCGGAGACCUUUCUUGGCCCCAGGCCUUUCCUGUCUGGCCUUCAAGGCCCCGGAGUUUACAUUUCCUGGGCUCUUGCGAUGUGGGUGACACAGGGUAGUGCCUUGAGGGAACCAGGGUAACUGGAAUUAGUAUUCCUUCCAGGAACUCAGAGUCUGGGGUGCGGGUUUGGGAGGAAGACCCAUAGGUGUAUAGUCUGGACCUAACACCCUCCACCUUGGUGGCUGGUGGCAUCUCAUGGGGAGCCUUAGCGCUACUCUUCAGAGAUCCUGUGAAAGUUGACCUGAUAUCCCAGUGGUGGGGCUUCUGCAAGCUCCCAGGUAUUUCCCAUGGGGCUCGACGCCAUGACUGAGGUUACACUCUGGGGGGGCAAGGCCAGGCCCUGCUGUGGCAGAGCUGAGCAUGUGUGCGUGCGGCCAGGGCUCUAGUGGAGGCUUGUAGGAGUUGAGCAGCAGAGCUGUGGGGCAGUCGGGAGGCCCAGGGCGGAAGGAACCAGGCUUGGACCAAGGAUGCAGGUGGGGAUGUUUGAUGGUCUAGUGAGGCAUCCAAUCUGUGUGAUAAUUAGGCCCCUUCUCGUCCCAGCCUAGCCUGGAUUUCAUGGACUUGAAGAUGCCUUCAGUUGUAAGAUGUCUGUGUGUCAUUAAGAAAGAAAACCCUGCAUGUUACGGUUGUAAGAUGUCACUGAUGUAAGAUGUCCAUCUUGAGCUCAGAAAUGUUCUCAAAUGAAUACCAUGUCUUUGGACCA